GUGGUAACGUCUCGUGCCAAGAUUGAACCAGAGCGUUAGUCAAUACACAAAAACCGUGCCAGAUGGUCAUGAGUGGAAGUAAUUGUCGGUGUGAAAAGUGUCUUUUAAAAAAAGACGAAAUGGCAGAUGAAACGUACCACGUGUAUACACGCAUGGAAGACAUUACCGAACAAGACGACAGACAUUUGGCUGGAGCUAGAAAGGAGAUCCGAAAUGAUUUAACAGUUAUCAUACCGGAAAAUCCGUUUCCUGAAAUAGAAGUGGAUGCGUAUCCACCCUUAAAGUUUUCAUGGGUUAUUCCGAAAAAAUUAGCCGCUAUGGCUUUCCCUAGACACGUAGAAAAUUUAAAAUUUUUAGUUAAUCAAGGUAUAACCCAUCUGGUCACACUAACAGCGGGUAAAAAACCUCCAGUGGACAGUAUUGCUAGACUGAGGUGGACUGAAAUACCUGUAGAAGAAUUCGAAGCACCGACAGUGGAACAUAUUACAAAGUUUAUUGAUGUUUGUAAAAGAUCAGAUAAGAAUGGUGAGGUAGUAGGUAUUCACUGCCGCCAAGGCCGGGGCAGGUCGGGUGUGAUGCUGGCGUGCUAUCUCGUACACUUCCAUCGGUUCCUACCCGACCAAGCCAUGAACGUCAUACGGAUGAUUAGACCAGGUUCGAUAGAUUUUGAAGAACAAGAAGAAGCGGUCGGUAAAUAUUUCGAAAAUCUUACUGAGAGUAACCCUCUUAGGUUUGGAGUUAGCGGUGAAGUUAUGGAAGAAUUUAUAGAAGCUGCAAAGGAUGCAACGAAAGCAGCUCUUACAUAAUAUUAAACCCACAUUGAAUAAGUUUAUAUCAGACAUAAGUU